UGCAGGCCAGACUGGAGUGUGCUCAGUGGACGCGCGGGACGUCAGCAGCCACGACCGCGUGACCGCUGAUCCUGAUCGUGCCAAGUCGUUUUUGUUUGGUUUUAUCCCCUUUCCUUCUUCCCCGAAUAUAUCCAAACCAUGCUUAGUACAUGUUUCGAUAGAAUGAAUGAAUGCCCGUCCGAUUAAUUAGAAUACACUCGUUCUCCCCAAGAAGGGGAUCCACUGCCCUAGCCUUGUGCAGCGCGGCAUGGCAUCAUGCGGCGGCGGUGUCUGUCUCAAGAGAGAUCGACGAGAGGAGGAGGAGAACGACGACGACAAGGGCGAGACGAGCGGCCGCAACAAGAGACCAAGCUCCGGCGCUUAUUACACGGGCGCGGGAGUCGAUGCUCAGAGAACGGAUGACGACGACAGCGCCGCCGCCGAUUACAUGUACGAGUACGACGACGGCUACGAGGAAGAAGAAUCCGCUGCUGAGCAACCCAAGGGCGACGACGCCUCGGCGCGCGACACGGAGCAGAGGUACGCCGUGCUGACCGAGGACGACGUCCGCGCGCGGCAAGAGGCGGACACGGCCAGGGUCGCGGAGGUGCUGUCGAUCCCGGCGGGCUUCGCGCGCGCGCUGCUGCGCCACUUCAAGUGGCGCGUCGGGCGGGCGCAGGAGGAGUGGUUCUCGGACGCCCAGCACCAGCAGCGCGUCCGCGGCGCCGUCGGCCUAGUCCCCGCGGCUUGUCCGGACGGCGACGCCCUGGUCCCCGCCGCGCGCAGCCCGCGGCCGCGGGUGUGCGGCAUCUGCUUCGACGCGUUUCCCGCGGGCGGGACGCGGUCGGCCGGGUGCGCCGCCCACUACUACUGCGACGGCUGCUGGUGCGGCUACGUCGCGGCGGCGGUAGGCGACGGCGCGCGCUGCCUGGCGCUGCGGUGCCCCGACCCGUCGUGCGCGGCGGCCGUCGUCCGGGAGCUGGUCGACGAGGUGGCGCGCGACGACGACCGGGCCCGGUACGCGCGGUUCUGGCUCCGCUCCUACGUGGAGGAGAGCGGGGGCCGGAUCAGGUGGUGCGGCGGCGCCGGCUGCACCCGGUCCGUGGAGCUCCUCGGCGGCUGCGACGCGGAGGCCGUGGCCUCCGCGGUCGACGUCGUCUGCGGGUGCAGGCACGCCUUCUGCUGGCGCUGCGGCGAGGAGGCGCACCGGCCCGUGUCGUGCGGCACGGUGCGCGCGUGGCUGGCCAAGAACGCGUCCGACUCGGAGACGGCCAACUGGGUGGUGGCCAACACCAAGCGCUGCCCCAUGUGCCGCCGCCCCAUCGAGAAGAACCACGGCUGCAACCACAUGACGUGCGGCGCGCCCUGCCACCACCAGUUCUGCUGGCUCUGCCUCGACCCCUGGGACCACCACAGGGGCUGCACGCGCUACGACUCCCGCCGCCGCCGCCGCCAUGGGCCGGUCGACGAGGUGGAGGACGAGGAGGAGCAGGCGCAGCGGACCCUGGCCAAGGCGUCGCUGGACAGGUACCUGUACCACUACGAGCGGUGGGAGGGCAACGGCAAGUCGCUGCGCAAGGCGCUCGCGGACGCGGACGAGCUGGAGCGGUCGGAGCUCCAGCGGAUGGCCAGGCUGCUCGACCUCCCGGCGAUGGACCUCGGCUUCGUGACCGAGGCCUACCGCCAGAUCGCCGACGGCCGCCGCGUGCUGCGGUGGGCGCACGCCUACGACUACUUCCUGUCCCUGGACCCGGAGCGCGACGCGGCCAAGCGCGGCCUGUUCGACGACCUGCAGAGCCAGGCCAACCGCUGGCUCGAGUGCCUGCACGGCUGCGCCGAGCUGGAGAGGAAGCACCUCUUCGGCGCUGCCGACGCCGACGCCGAGGACGAGCCCACCGUCGCCGCCGCCGCGUUCAUGGCGUACAAGGAGAGGCUCGCCAACCUCACCGGAGUCACGCGCAGGUUCAUCGGGAACCUCGUCAGAGCGUUCAAGACCAACCUGCCGGAAGUGGUGGUGACGCUGACGCCGCCGGCAUCCGACUUGCAACACAUAGUGAAGAGUGGACCAACGACGGAGAGACAAACAACGGUUGGCAUUGGAGGCAUCCUUUCUACAGAAGCAACUGUGACACUACCUGUUUCCAACGUGUCUUCUUUACAAGGGACAUCAGCACUGCGACCUUCAUCGUCGUCUCUAGUAGUCUCACAGGAAACGGACAUUGCAAAUGAUAGCGUGCAAGAACGACACAGCCCUACAAGAAACCUUGCCCAGGCCCAGCAUCCAGUUCGUCCUGGCGGUCAUGGCGGCUUCCUCAGCAAUCCAUACCCGAGUUUCUUUGGAGAGGCUACCUCAACCGCGGGACCAUUGCAACUCUACAUGCCAAACAUGGUGGUGUCAGGUGGCACGACAUCGACGCCCUCUCUCGCCUUCUCUCUGUCUGCGCUUGGACAGCCUAUUACGAGCACAGCUCUUGGCGGCUCCUUUGGCUCAAACACUCGCACUGCAUGGGGCAAUUCAGAUAUGGCUGCUGCGUCGUCCUCUCAGCCUGACCGCAUGGGCAUGGAUCAACAAGCAGGAACCGGUUCUGCCAUGAAUCUGACAAUUGGGCUGCAUCCCAAUGCCCAGCAGCCACCACCAAAAUAUGUCAAAAUCUGGGAGGGUGACUUAUACGGGCAAAGGCAAGGGCAGCCUGUGUUUAUUAGUAAACUCGAAAGUUGGGGUGGAACAGUGUCCAGAAAAGUUGCAGAGGAUUGGCCAGAAACUAUGCAGAUUGUUCGCCUCAUAGCCCAGGAGCAUAUGAACAAGAAAUAUUCUGAAAGUCAAUACGUUGGAAACACAGACUUUCUAAUAUUUCGGGCUUUAAAUCAGCAUGGGUUUCUUGGACAACUACAAGAGAGGAAACUGUGUGGUGUGAUACAGUUACCGUCGCAAACUCUACUACUUUCAAUGUAUGACAAAACAAGCCGUAUGGUUGGCAUGCUCUUCCCUAAGAACAUGCUGAUGUUCAGGCCAGAGGCCUUAACUCAGCCAUCACCAGUGCAGCAGGAAGAACUUAUACACCACCAACAACAACAACUACAGCAGCAACAGAGAAACAUACAUCGUCUUCAACGACAACUCAUACAGAAGCAGCAGCAGCAACAUAUGCAGAAGCUACUACCACAACGACUUCAAUACCAAGAGCAGCUACAUUUACAGCAACAGAUGACGCAACAAAUACAACAGCAACAACAAUCUCUAUACCAGCAACAUCAACAAAUGCAGCAUCAACAGCAACUGUGGCAACAAAUACAACAACAGAAGCAUCAGUUGCAACACAUGGAUCCCCAACAACAACAGCUGUUGUCUCAGAUGGUGGGUACAGAAUUAGGCAGUGAUGAUGACACAAGGGAAGAUUGGGUCACAGGGGCUGGGCCGCAUGCCUAGGGAAUCAGGGAGGGUUAAUGAGGGCUUACACUCACUCACUUGAGGGUUAAGAUGUUUCCUAGUGUUUGUCGUUAAAUCAUUAACUGAUAACUUCAAAAAAAUAAACCAGUCAUUUGUAUAGUUAUACGGAUGGGGUAAGAGUUUAAAUAACACCGUUAUGUUAUCGAAUAGCUAGUAUAUUGUAUUGAGCUGGGAGCUAGAUUUUUGCAAACUCCCCAUGUUUCUUCACCAAAAUCUUUAAUCAUCGAUCAAAGAUCGGUAAUCCAGU